GUUUUUAUCUCUAGCCUCUUUCUUCUCUUUAGUUUGUUGUUCGGCUCUUUGGGCUGUCGGUUUUGGUUUAUCAUUUUGCUGUUGUUGUCGGAGAUUAUAAGCAUGAAGAUGCAACGAACACAGAGUUUCAAUUCGGGCACUUGAAGAAAACACAAUAUGAUACAUUAUGAAGACCGUAGAGAGAUGGGAAGUGGUGUUUACCCCUGGAAAUGAAGGAGAGACAGCGUUGGAGAGCUGAAGAAGACGCUUUGUUGUGUGCAUACGUGAAACAAUAUGGACCGAGGGAGUGGAACCUUGUGUCACACCGCAUGAACACACCCCUAAACCGGGAUGCGAAAUCUUGCUUAGAAAGGUGGAAUAACUACCUCAAACCUGGUAUUAAGAAGGGAUCUCUUACUGAAGAGGAGCAACGUCUUGUAAUCCGUCUUCAAGCCAAACACGGAAACAAAUGGAAGAAAAUUGCUGCUGAAGUCCCUGGCAGAACUGCUAAAAGACUAGGCAAGUGGUGGGAGGUAUUCAAAGAGAAGCAACAAAGGGAACACAAGGAGAAGAAUAAGAUGGUUGAGCCAGUCGAGGAAGGCAAGUACGAUAGGAUAUUAGAAACUUUUGCUGAGAAACUAGUGAAACAAGGGCAUAGCUCAGCCUUUCCCAUGGCUGCUUCCAAUGGGGGAUUUCGUCCUGCCGACCCUCCUUCACCUGCACCAACUUUACUUCCACCUUGGCUUUCUAGUUCAGGCAAUACCUCAGUUGUCAGACCACUAUCCCCUUCGGUGACAUUAAGUUUAUCUCCCUCUGCUCCUCAAAUCCCAUGGCUGCAACCUGAGAGAAUGUCGGAAACUGCCCCCAUUUUGGGAAAUAUGGUGCCCCAUGGACCAUUUCCUUCUUGCAGUGAGAACCUGAUGAUAUCUGAACUCGUGGAUUGCUGCAGGGAGCUGGAAGAAGGGCACCGUGCUUGGGUUGCACAUAAAAAGGAAGCAGCCUGGAGGUUAAGGAGGGUCGAGUUACAACUGGAAUCCGAGAAGGCGUGCCGCAGAAGGGAGAAAACGGAAGAAAUAGAGUCAAAGAUCAAGGCUCUAAGCGAAGAGCAGAAGACUGCCCUUGAUAGGAUUGAAGCUGAAUACAGGGAACAAUUAGAAGGGCUAAGAAGAGAUGCUGAAUCAAAGGAGCAAAAAUUAGCCGAGCAAUGGGCCUCUAAGCAUUUGCAUCUCACUAAGUUUCUCGAUCAAAUGGAGUGCAGACCAAGGGCUGGCGAGCCUAAUGGCCGGUAAUCAAGCUCUUUCAUAUGCGUCUGCUUACAACAGACUUUGCAUUGGAGCACAUUGUUGUCAAUUACAUGCGUCCAUUCUCUUCUUAUAUUCGACUAUAGAAGUCUAUUUAUAAAUGCUAUCUACUUAUCUAGUGGGACAGUUUGAAUGCUA